AUUUGAAUCUAGCAGUCUGGAAAGAGGGGCAGAUAUGAAGAAGUCUCACCGCACAAAUGUCCUGGUAACGUCCUGUCUGAAGACGCCGGUGGACCCGCACACGAAAGUCCCGUUAGCUCAGUAUGAGAGGGAGCGAUCACUGCCGCGUGCGCCUGCGCUAACGGACAACAGGCACUAUGAAAAAGAGAUGGAGUAUGACUCUGGAUCUGAGCUGGCGACUGAUGACCUUCCUGCUAAAGACAGCAGUGCACUGCUGAUCAAAGACUACCGCGUGACGGGCGAUCACAUCGAUCUUAGGGAGUUCUACUUCUCGAACCAAGAGUACUACCGUAAACUAGAGCAGCUGAAGAAGGCUCAUCUCCAAACGAUGGCUGAACUCGAACUCAUGUAUCGCAAGAAACUGGACCUCAAGGGGGUGAGCGCUGCGGACAACACCGAUCGGACCAAUCUUUCCCCACAAGGCAGGAGUCCAGCGAUAACCAGCAAUCUGAAAAAAGCCCGGUCUGCUCUGGAGCUGUGGCGAAAUUCAGAUCUUUCUGACCUGUAUGAUGAAGAGUGCACUGCUGACAAUGGCAACACCGAAAAAGGCCUUCUAAUCUCGCCCAAGGAGCACAUCAAGAACAUGUGGCAGGACUUCAGUGUGAGUAAGCUUUCUCCGCCUCAAUGGCACCCACAUUCAUCCUCACUGCAAAGCUUACCUGCUGACUGCCAGGCCGCCAGCAAACCCAAAGGUAGGAUCAAGGGUCAUCGGCUAAAAAAACGCAAGCAAAACAUAGAUGAGGAUUGGCAUCCGAGAGUAACAGUCCCCAAGCCUUUCCAGAUGACCCUUCGUGAGGCGGAACUCCGCAAGAAGGGCAUAAAAUCACGCUCGGAGAUCGAACAAGAGAACGCGGAUCUCCGACGCCAGGUGGAGGAGCUUACCGAGUGCCAGAGGAAGUUCCGCGCCAGUCCGGCGCCUGCGCACGUGCGUCUCCCACUAUACGAGGAGCUGCAGGAGCGUGACGAAGAGCGCCGACGGCUCCAUCGUGAGAUGGAGCAGCAGCGUCUCCACACUUCACAAAGACCCUUUAGUUUCCUGGAGCGUGAACGGCUGAAGAAAGAACAGAAGGAGGCCAAGCUUCGUGAGCAAAUGCUCAAACUUGACAGAGAGGAAGAGGAAAGGAGGAAAUGCCCGUUCAAGGCCAAACCCGUCCCACGGGCGGUCAAGGAGGCCGCAUCAGGUGAGCAGCAGAAGGAGGAGGAGCUCUACAGGGCCAUCAAGAUGCAAAUGCGGGCGAGAGAGUUGCUUCACAGCGCGUCCAUGCCUCCUAGCAUGCUUGCACGGCAGCUUAGUGAGAAACAGGUGCAGAAAACUGCCCAGGAUGACGAGCAAACACACCGACCCAAAAUUAACACCGAAGUUCCAGACUUCGACGGCAGCUACAGGAGGUUUCGGAAGCAGCUGGCGAAGCACAAAGAAGUGCGGCCUGUGACGGCGUGCGAACCCUUCCAGCUGCGCACGGCUAACAUAGCCUCGCACAAAGAGCGCAUCAUGGCGGAUAUCGAGGCAGAAAUCAAGAGCCCAAGACCGUUACGCUGGCCGUUCAUGACCCCGCCUGCCCUCUCACCCAGAACGCCCUCGUCAUCCCUAUGCUCCUCGCUGUCUGGAAGCCAAGAAUGCUUGUCCGCUAAGAUCACAGAUGCAGCCAAGAAACGGCAAGAAGCUGUGAGAAAAGUUCUUGAGCAGAGAAAGCGGGCAGAAGAAGAAGAGGAGAAAUGGAAGGAGAAGCAAAAACAGAGAGAGAAGAGACUACAAAAAGUGAUCACAAGGCGAGCCCAUGCAAAUGACCCACAUGUGGCCCUGGCCCAGACAUGCCAGUCUAAACUAAAAGAGUUCAGGAAACAACAUCUUCAGAGACAAAAAGAGUAUGAGGAGGAAAUGAGAGAAAUCCAGAAAAGAGUGAAGGGAAGGCCUCUAUUACUGGAGCAGGUAGCACAGAUGAAUGCUAAGAGAGCAGCAGAAAAGCUCUACUCUGCCACUUUGCAUGGAUGUGGUCUAAGUGAAUCCUUUAUCAGCAGUAAAGCUCCUAAAGGCUUGAAACACAGACAGACUCCGAGCCCCACCCACUCUGGCAGCCAAACUCCACCCACAUACAGAAAUGUAGAUAAUGAGGAGCUUCCAGACUUGCAGGAUUCUCUUCUCGAUGACUACGCUGAUGAUUAUGAGGAGUAUGACCAUGACAUGGAGGAAGGACACAUAGAAACAGAUGAGGAUGAGAAACACAAUGAAUGUCAUGAUAGUAAUGGGGAGGAGGCCAAUGAUGAAGGACACUCCUAUCAUGAUGAGCUGGAUUUUGAUGAUGAUGAACAGGAUGAGCGUUAUAAAGAUGAUGACAUCAGCAGUAAGCACAGCCAGAGCAGCAAGGGUAGUGAAAGUAAAAACAGUCACGAUAGCGACAGGAGCAGAACAGGUAGCGUUAAUUAGUCAAGUGACAAAGAAAAAUGAGAAGAUCAGAAAAGUGAAGAGAGAACUGGUAUAUUUAAUUCAUAUUUAAUUUGUGUUUUUAAACCAAGCAAACCUCAGUAGCAAACUGUUGUUGGACAUGUGUAAGAGUGAGAAUCUCACAAACAUUGUUGAAGGGUUAGUUCACCCAAAAAAUGAAAAUUCUGUCAUCAUUUAUUGGUGAAAACAAAAGAUAUGUUGAAGAAUGCUGAAAUCCAGUUUCUGAUCCCUAUUGACUUUAAUGGUAUUUUUGUCUGUAUAAUGGAACAUUAUGUGUUACUUCUAUGUUCCACAGAAAAAAUAAAACUCAUACAGGUUUUGAGACAACUUGAGGGUAAAAAAAUUAAUUUUGGGUGAACUAUCCCUUUAAGAACAUGUCCAGGUCACAUUUCACCAUAAUAUAUAAAUAAAUAAAUAAAUAAAUAGAUAAUAGAGAGCACUGAUAAUCACUAUUACAA